GAGAAGGAAUGAAAAUUUAUGGGUGUCCAUUUCUAACAAUGGAAAACCCGAUGACCCGACCCAUGAGUUAGCUCUAUAUAUACGAUGCCUUCACCCUUCUCAGCUUUGCUUGUCUAAUUUUGAUACAGUGCAAAGCAGGAAGAGGAGAAAUGGCGAUGGUGCAGUGGUGCGGCGCAGCGGCGAGGCGAGUGUUGGUGAGGGAGCACCGCGCCCUCUUCACGACCUCGUCAUCGUCGACGUCAUCAGCUCAAAGCAGUGGAAUCGGGGCUCCGAUGCUGUGCGGGCGAGGGGACAAGAAGACGAAGAAGGGGAAGCGGUUCAAAGGGUCGUACGGGAACGCUAGGCCGAAGAAGGAGAAGAUGAUCGAGCGCAUCAAGGACAAGGUUGAGGUUCCCAGGUCCACUCCUUGGCCUCUCCCUUUCAAGCUCAUUUGAAUUCCUCUCUUUCUCUUUCUUAGGGUUUUAGCUUCUUUUUAUAUAUGCAAUAGUUGAACUUUUUGUGCCUUGUUAUCGAAAUGAGAAUGUGUACAUUUCUUUGUAUGAAUGCUGCUUUGUGCUUUUUCUUUUAAUAUAAUUUUGAUUAGUUUUCUGGUCUGGUUA